CGGGCGGCCGGGACGCCGCGGGACCACAAGUCUUCGAGGAGGGCGUCGCACGGAGUCCCCCGCGCCCGCGCCAGAGAUCACCAACAUGAAUACUCUGGGAGUGCUAUGGACUGCCGCCACUCUUUUCGCAGUAGUGACAGGGCAGCAUCUUUACAAGAAUCCACACGAUGGACUGGGGUUUUUUGACACAGAAGAGUCGACGGCGGAGGACGAUGACGCGGCCGAGGACCGAGCCGAGGAGCGCGCCGAGGAGGGCGGCUUCCCGGAGCUGGACGCCGCGGAACUCGGCGACUUCUACAGCGAGUUCGGCGCCGACCGGGGCGGCUUCGGGCCCGCCGACGACGUCUUCUCGCACCUGGAGUCGCACCUCGCCGGCGAGUUCCCGUCCCACGGCGAGCUUCCGUCCCACGGCGAGCUUCCGUCCCACGGCGAGCUUCCGUCCCACGGCUUCGGGUUCCCCGAGGCGGCGCCGGAGGAGCAGGCGGACCGGCGCGUGUGCGGCGCGGGCGCCCCCGUGUGCGGCGGCGGCGACGACAAGUACCGCACCAUCGACGGCUCCUGCAACCACCUGAGCAACCCCGCCUGGGGCAUGACCAACACCUUCUUCCGCCGCGUCAAGCCCGCCAAGUACGCCGACGGCGUCCAGGCGCCGCCCGUGUCCGUGUCCGGACACCCGCUGCCCAACGCGCGCCUGCUCAGCGCCGUGCUGUUCCCGGACGUGCACGCGGCCGACCCGCACUGGACGCUGGUCGCCAUGCAGUACGGCCAGAUCAUCACGCACGACAUGGCGCAGGCUCUGGGCACGGCGCAGGCCAAGGCGCACUCCACGUCCUGCUGCGCGCGCGACAGGUCCAGGGCGGUGCCGAAGGAGCGGCAGGACCCGGCCUGCUUCCCCGUCGAGUUCAACCACGAGGACCGCCAGUACUCCCGGCGCGGAGUGCGCUGCAUCAACUUCGUGCGCAGCAGCUCCGACGUGGCGCAGGGCUGCGUGGCCGCCAGCAAGCCCGCCGAGCAGAUCGUGUCGGUGACGCACUACCUGGACGCUUCGCUGGUGUACGGAUCGACCGCCGAGCUGGCCAGCUCGCUGAGGGAGUUCCAAGGAGGUCGCCUGAGGACGGUGGUGAAGCACGGUCGGCCAUUCCCCCCCUCGGCGCCCAACAAGACGGCGGUCUGCGACCACAUAGCCGAGGAGGAGGCAUGCUACCUCGCCGGUGACUCGCGCAUGAACCAGAACCCGCAGCUGACGAUCCUGCAGAUCAUCCUGCUGCGAGAGCACAACAGAGUGUCGGGUCAUCUGCAGCAGCUCAACCCUCACUGGGACGACGAGAGACUGUACCAGGAGGCCAGGAGGAUAGUCAUCGCUGAACACCAGCACAUCUCCUACUACGAGUGGCUGCCAGUGUUUCUAGGCGAGCACCACGCCAAGGUGCACGGUCUGAUACACGAGGGCUACGGCUUCACGCACGACUACCAGGAGUCCGUGGACCCGUCCAUCCUCAACGGACACUCCACGGCGGCCUUCCGCUACUUCCACACCAACAUCGCCGGCUGGUUGCAGCUGCUGGGAGAGCACCGCGACUCCCGCGGCGCGCUGCGGCUCAGCGACCACUUCAACCGGCCCGAGGUGAUCGAGCGCGGCUCCAACUUCGACGACCUGGUGCGCGGCAUGACCACGCAGCCGCAGGAGGCCACCGACCAGUUCUUCACCGUCGAGAUCACGCGGUACCUGUUCCGGAACGGCCGCGAGCUGGGCAAGGACCUGCGGGCCAUCGACAUCCAGCGCGGCCGCGACCACGGCCUGGCCUCCUACAACGACUACCGCGAGAACUGCGGCCUGCGCCGGGCCAGGCGCUUCAGCGACUUCCUCGACUACAUCAGCCCCGAGAACGUGGAGCGGCUGAAGGCGCUGUACGAGCACCCGGACGACGUGGACUACGUGGUGGGCGGCUCGCUGGAGACCCACGUGAACGGCGCCAUGGUGGGCCCGUCCUUCCUCUGCGUCAUCACCGAGCAGUUCUACCGCACGCGCGUGGGCGACCGCUACUUCUACGAGAACGGAGACCACCCGCACCCCUUCACGCACGAUCAACUGGCGGAAAUCCGCCGUGCGAGCAUAUCCAGACUGCUGUGUGAUAACUCUCAUGACGUCAUUGCCAUGCAGCCUCGAGGAUUCGAGAAAAUAUCUCACAAGAACCAGGUGGUGCUGUGCCAGAGAACCGACGCCCUCCCUGUGGUGAACCUGGACGCGUGGCGGGAAAACCCUCAGCAUCACCACUGAAAGUGUUGCCAACCUACGCCCGAUGUUCGUAGCACGCGUCGACGGCAGCAGUUGGUGGGGGCAGCUACUGUCGCUGCCUCUAUCGCUCGAGAUUACAGGAAGAUGGCACAUGAAGCAUUAACCGUCUGAGGAGAAACAUCUUUUAUUUUAACUAUUUUUUUUGGCUACAUGCGUACCAAUCUGACGGUCGUUGUCUAAGUACGUAUGAGAUGACCGUGCAUGUUUUGGUUUAACGGUCGGUCGUGAUAAACGCUCUUCGUGAGCAGACUGAAUCUUAACACAUUACCUAAUCCUAUUUUCGGUGCUCUACUUUGCUGUGUUGCGACCUUGUUUCGUACGUGAGGCUCGCGAUCAACUCAUUACCGCGCUGCCUGUUCAUUCCCGUAACGUCACCACGACCUGCGCGCGCAAGACGCGGUCUCUAUCCAGGUGCCUCUUUGUCUAUACUCUGUCCGUGACGUAUUUUAAAGUCAGUGAGAUGAAUAUUCCAAGGGGCGGUAUUCCAAGACGUCCGGGUAAGAUGGUGAAAAGCACUGCCUUGAUAGGAUACAACCGUAACCUAACUCGCGGGCCGUAUUCCAGAACGUUCCCAAAUCCGAAUCCCAGCAAAGGGAUCAGAUAGGCAACCGUUUUUAAUAAACGGUGCCCGGCGCGACGCUAGAAACUGGUUUCAACGCAUUCUAGCGGACGUUUCGCAACCAUCGAUAAAAUCGUUACGGCAAAAAUACCAUGGAUAGCAACACCAUCGCUCAAAACCUGAACGGAGUUUCUAAUUUUCUCAAGUACUUUCAUUAAUUCUUGUUAUGGCCAUUAAAGUGUACACAAUGUCCUCCAGGUUAGUUUAGCCAUCAUAAAGUUUCAUUUGGCACACCAACACGCUUGGUACGUCCCCCGAUGGUCACAAAAAUGACUUCGCAUAAAUUAAUGGCGCCAGACGCGGGUCCACCAUCUGGACAAAAUCAACGAAAAAGUGAGCUCUGCGCAUGCGCGGAAUUUGGGCAACAGAUCGGCAACGGAUGGGACACCAAAAUCCGUUCUCUAAAAAUAAGGGACUGGCCGUGUUCUAUCGUGCACUAUGAAUAGGGUUAGGGUACAUGUGUAGCAUAAUAUUGAACUACUGCUACGAUGGUAAUUUUUGUGUCUUGGAAUACCGGCCUAAAAACGUUAACAUAGAAAAAGUAUUCUCACCGCCAACGUCACUACCGUCAGGUACGUAAAUACAUACGUGUUAAUGCAGUAAAGAACAGCAGCUUCAAGUGUAAAGACACACCCACCACGUUGCUUUAUUAGUUCAGUAAUUUCCCUUUCCAUAUCUUCUCUUCAGUCCCUCUCCCAGACUUUCCUUUCCUCUGCUAUCACACACUCGUUAUUGUCAUCCUCCAAUUCACUGUUUUGAUGGUGAACAUAUCCUAAGCUCAUAUAACACUUUACACUGAAAUACGUUUUUAUAUAGUAAUUUAUUUAGGAAAAUUUGAUGUAUGUACUUUUGUAUUGUGUUAUAAAUACGUUAUACAUACUGCGUAGGUGCCCAGUGGACAACUUAAAUAUUGUUCGUUAACUGAAGUAGCAGAAUGAAGUAAUAACAUCUUGCAAAAUCAGUGAAGAAUAGUUCAGUAAGAUUUAUACGACGCAGCUAGAAAUAUUUUAGGACCUUAUAAAAUUACGCUGAAGAGUAAUAUUUUUGUAACUAGGGUGCUACGAUGAUAAUUUAAAAUUGAAACUUCUGGAAAUACUUAUUUUUAUAAGUCGGCACUAAUACAUUUCACAAUAAGAUUAUAAUGUGGGUCUAACUUCGCUGCUUUACCAAGAUCAACAUUAUGACAAUUAAUUUUCAUACUUGUGAAAAUAGUUUUGUUCUUCCAGUAUUAAAAAUAGUAUUAUGUCAUUUAUUUCAACGAGGAUUGCAAUGCCAAUAAUUUGAAUGCACUUAAACGCACAAUGAAAAACUGCAAGAAACUGAAGGGGAAAAAAGGUUUGGUAAUGAACAUACAUUUUAACAAGUAUUAACGGCCAAAGCAGAUUGUUAGUCACAAAGACAGUCAGUAAUAAACAUGUUUAUGUAUUUUCGUGAUUCAGUCCUUAAAUAUAUAUUUUUAGAUCAUACCAAUCUAGUCUUCUGCAAUAGUCAUUGCUAUUGACAGAGACUUUCUGUAGAGCACACGUGUUAGUAGUAAUAAUAUUCCUAAUAAUCUAUUAAUAUGUUAGUAAAAAUAUUUUCUUUUUUUCAAAAAUAAAUCCAUAGAACAUCCCAAACCUUACCUCUAACAGAGGAGUUACAUGUUAAAUGUGGUAUACUAAGUAGUUAUCAGUAUAUUGUAUGAGUACGUUGAAGUUUAAAAUAUAUUUAUAAUUUUUUUAUGAAAACAAUGUUUAAAUGAAUGUGGUUAUCGAUGUAAUUUAUGUUACUUAUUAAUUUUGUAAAAUAAAAUGCCAAUUUACAUACUUUAAA